AUGAGCAAGACUGAGCCUCUUCUUGUAUUGCUUGCGAUUUUGGUUCUUGUAUCUCAAGUAUUCUCAAUUCCUGUUGAUAAUCCUGAGCCUACAACUGAAGAACCAGUUAUUCUUCCACCUGAGCCACUCAGUAAAAUAGUUUUUGUGAAUGAUCUACCACCAGAAGAAACUCUUCAAUUUGAAUUCGCUCGUGGAGCACGGGUCUAUGUUGCUUCUUCAAGAGAUAUAGAAGCAGAUUCUUAUGAGGAAAACAUUCAUAUUUUUGCCCCAAAUCUGGACGGAGAAUCCAAAAAAAUGAGUGAAGUUGGAAGGAAAGUGGAUAGUGAGACUGGGGAGAAGCAGCCAGUUUUUGAAGAUUUACGGUAUAGUAUUUCAAUUCGAAACAAUAAUGAUGAAAAGUCAAAAACCAAGAAUCCAGGAAUAAUUUAUUUCUUAUUGGCACCUGAUGAUGAACACGUUUCUUAUGUCUUUGAAUCUACUCGUCAAGAGAAACGGACCAUUUUCAUUCAAUCGAAUAACAUUGAAAACCAUUAUGUAACUCUUCUGAAUCCAUCUGGAGCUGUCAGAAUCACCAAUAUUCAUAAUAUUGAUGGAUUAACUGCUCUAACUGUGUCUGCUGGAGGACUUGAAGAGACAAAAAGCUCCAAUUUUACAAUUCAUGAUAUCGGAAAAGAUGCAUCUCAAACUGUCGCUCCAUUGUUUUUUGUUGAGCCAGUGCUCACAUUUCGUAAACAACUAUCACUUUUCCCUUCGUCGUUUGAAAUUACAGCGAAAGGAGUUGAAAUCCAAAACCAGGUAGUGAUUCCAAUGAAAUGGUCUGAUUGGUCAUUAGGAAUGUCACCGAAUUAUAUGCUCCGAAAUGAAUCAAACUCAUUCAAAUAUGUGUUCAAUUCAUCUAUUGAAGAUUCUCAAUUUGAUGUUCAGAUGUUUGGAGAAAUUUCAGCAGACAGUUCUCUGACUAUUUCUUAUAAUGGAAUUGAGGGAGCUGGAAGUGAAAGUUUUCAAAAGAAACAUCUAAAGAGAUUGAGUAAAUCAUUGAAGGCUCAAUCAUUAACAGUUGAAUAUAAAAGAGCAGAAAGUGAUACAACAAGAGGAGUUCUUGUUAGAGUUGAAUGUUCUCGUGAGUUUACUAAAUUAUAA